AUGGGCUGCGUGGGAUCGACUGCGAAGGAAGACUCCCCUAAAGGCAAGAAGGUGGUGAAGCCCAAGGCGUGGAAGCACCCAACGCCGCUGUCACAGGCAGAGCUGGCGCGCAUGAGGGAGGAGUUCUGGGACACAGCGCCGCACUACGGCGGCCAACGAGAGAUAUGGGACGCGUUGAAGGCGGCCACAGAGGGGGACCGGAGCAUGGCGCAAGUGAUACUGGAGUCAGCAGGGGUGGUGGUCGAUGUACCUGACAUGUCCGUGUGCUACGAUGAGAGAGGUGCGUCAUGGUGGCUUUUGAGUCGACUCAAAAGUCAAGUGAUACUGGAGUCAGCAGGGGUGGUGGUCGAUGUACCUGACAUGUCCGUGUGCUACGAUGAGAGAGGUGCGUCAUGGUGGCUUUUGAGUCGACUCAAAAGUCAAGUGAUACUUGAGUCAGCAGGGGUGGUGGUCGAUGUGCCUGACAUGUCCGUGUGCUACGAUGAGAGAGGUGCGUCAUGGUGGCUUUUGAGUCGACUCAAAAGUCAAGUGAUACUUGAGUCAGCAGGGGUGGUGGUCGAUGUGCCUGACAUGUCCGUGUGCUACGAUGAGAGAGGUGCGUCAUGGUGGCUUUUGAGUCGACUCAAAAGUCAAGUGAUACUUGAGUCAGCAGGGGUGGUGGUCGAUGUGCCUGACAUGUCCGUGUGCUACGAUGAGAGAGGUGCGUCAUGGUGGCUUUUGAGUCGACUCAAAAGUCAAGUGAUACUUGAGUCAGCAGGGGUGGUGGUCGAUGUACCUGACAUGUCCGUGUGCUACGAUGAGAGAGGUGCGUCAUGGUGGCUUUUGAGUCGACUCAAAAGUCAAGUGAUACUUGAGUCAGCAGGGGUGGUGGUCGAUGUGCCUGACAUGUCCGUGUGCUACGAUGAGAGAGGUGCGUCAUGGUGGCUUUUGAGUCGACUCAAAAGUCAAGUGAUACUUGAGUCAGCAGGGGUGGUGGUCGAUGUGCCUGACAUGUCCGUGUGCUACGAUGAGAGAGGUGCGUCAUGGUGGCUUUUGAGUCGACUCAAAAGUCAAGUGAUACUUGAGUCAGCAGGGGUGGUGGUCGAUGUGCCUGACAUGUCCGUGUGCUACGAUGAGAGAGGUGCGUCAUGGUGGCUUUUGAGUCGACUCAAAAGUCAAGUGAUACUUGAGUCAGCAGGGGUGGUGGUCGAUGUGCCUGACAUGUCCGUGUGCUACGAUGAGAGAGGUGCGUCAUGGUGGCUUUUGAGUCGACUCAAAAGUCAAGUGAUACUUGAGUCAGCAGGGGUGGUGGUCGAUGUGCCUGACAUGUCCGUGUGCUACGAUGAGAGAGGUGCGUCAUGGUGGCUUUUGAGUCGACUCAAAAGUCAAGUGAUACUUGAGUCAGCAGGGGUGGUGGUCGAUGUGCCUGACAUGUCCGUGUGCUACGAUGAGAGAGGUGCGUCAUGGUGGCUUUUGAGUCGACUCAAAAGUCAAGUGAUACUUGAGUCAGCAGGGGUGGUGGUCGAUGUGCCUGACAUGUCCGUGUGCUACGAUGAGAGAGGUGCGUCAUGGUGGCUUUUGAGUCGACUCAAAAGUCAAGUGAUACUUGAGUCAGCAGGGGUGGUGGUCGAUGUGCCUGACAUGUCCGUGUGCUACGAUGAGAGAGGUGCGUCAUGGUGGCUUUUGAGUCGACUCAAAAGUCAAGUGAUACUUGAGUCAGCAGGGGUGGUGGUCGAUGUGCCUGACAUGUCCGUGUGCUACGAUGAGAGAGGUGCGUCAUGGUGGCUUUUGAGUCGACUCAAAAGUCAAGUGAUACUUGAGUCAGCAGGGGUGGUGGUCGAUGUGCCUGACAUGUCCGUGUGCUACGAUGAGAGAGGUGCGUCAUGGUGGCUUUUGAGUCGACUCAAAAGUCAAGUGAUACUUGAGUCAGCAGGGGUGGUGGUCGAUGUACCUGACAUGUCCGUGUGCUACGAUGAGAGAGGUGCGUCAUGGUGGCUUUUGAGUCGACUCAAAAGUCAAGUGAUACUUGAGUCAGCAGGGGUGGUGGUCGAUGUGCCUGACAUGUCCGUGUGCUACGAUGAGAGAGGUGCGUCAUGGUGGCUUUUGAGUCGACUCAAAAGUCAAGUGAUACUUGAGUCAGCAGGGGUGGUGGUCGAUGUGCCUGACAUGUCCGUGUGCUACGAUGAGAGAGGUGCGUCAUGGUGGCUUUUGAGUCGACUCAAAAGUCAAGUGAUACUUGAGUCAGCAGGGGUGGUGGUCGAUGUGCCUGACAUGUCCGUGUGCUACGAUGAGAGAGGUGCGUCAUGGUGGCUUUUGAGUCGACUCAAAAGUCAAGUGAUACUUGAGUCAGCAGGGGUGGUGGUCGAUGUGCCUGACAUGUCCGUGUGCUACGAUGAGAGAGGUGCGUCAUGGUGGCUUUUGAGUCGACUCAAAAGUCAAGUGAUACUUGAGUCAGCAGGGGUGGUGGUCGAUGUGCCUGACAUGUCCGUGUGCUACGAUGAGAGAGGUGCGUCAUGGUGGCUUUUGAGUCGACUCAAAAGUCAAGUGAUACUUGAGUCAGCAGGGGUGGUGGUCGAUGUGCCUGACAUGUCCGUGUGCUACGAUGAGAGAGGUGCGUCAUGGUGGCUUUUGAGUCGACUCAAAAGUCAAGUGAUACUUGAGUCAGCAGGGGUGGUGGUCGAUGUGCCUGACAUGUCCGUGUGCUACGAUGAGAGAGGUGCGUCAUGGUGGCUUUUGAGUCGACUCAAAAGUCAAGUGAUACUUGAGUCAGCAGGGGUGGUGGUCGAUGUGCCUGACAUGUCCGUGUGCUACGAUGAGAGAGGUGCGUCAUGGUGGCUUUUGAGUCGACUCAAAAGUCAAGUGAUACUUGAGUCAGCAGGGGUGGUGGUCGAUGUGCCUGACAUGUCCGUGUGCUACGAUGAGAGAGGUGCGUCAUGGUGGCUUUUGAGUCGACUCAAAAGUCAAGUGAUACUUGAGUCAGCAGGGGUGGUGGUCGAUGUGCCUGACAUGUCCGUGUGCUACGAUGAGAGAGGUGCGUCAUGGUGGCUUUUGAGUCGACUCAAAAGUCAAGUGAUACUUGAGUCAGCAGGGGUGGUGGUCGAUGUGCCUGACAUGUCCGUGUGCUACGAUGAGAGAGGUGCGUCAUGGUGGCUUUUGAGUCGACUCAAAAGUCAAGUGAUACUUGAGUCAGCAGGGGUGGUGGUCGAUGUGCCUGACAUGUCCGUGUGCUACGAUGAGAGAGGUGCGUCAUGGUGGCUUUUGAGUUGA